AUGCUAGGAGCUCACGGCGGCGACGGCGAUGGGAGGGAUCCGCACCGAUCGUGGUGGAAGAAAAUAUCAGGCUGCAAAAACAGCGGCUCGAAGAAAACACCACCACCACCAAGAGGGGCAGCCAAAAAUCUAAAACUUGAGGUUGCCUUGAAGAAAAAUGGAGGCCCGUUACCCAUGUACUUCGACUACAAAUCAAAGACCUUUCAGUCGAUCGGGGACUACGGGGCUAUGUACAAAUCUUUGUUAGGCUCGUUGAUCGGAGAUGUCCCCCAGUACUACGAGUCAUGGGACGAUGUGCCUGAGUCUAUGAGGGACCAUAUCUUGGAGGAAGUACAGCGCUAUUUUGCGAUGGACCAGUACUUAGAGCUUGAUGAGGACGACCCCACCCGGAAGGCAGCAAAACUGGCUUUCCGUGCUGAUGCAGCUAGCAUACAUAGGCAGAGAAAGUCAAAAUUCAAAUCUCAGCAUUUUACAGCACGGGGGGGUGUAGGCGCAGCAGAUACCCUGCAGACAACACCGCCAGCACCGCCAGCCCCGGAUUGUUUGUUGUUUUCAUACUCGGCCAACAUAUGUAGUCGGAUCCACUCUGGGCGAGUGUUAGGUGGUGGUACUGGUAGAGCAGCCAAUUGCUGCUCAGCUGAUAUGGGAGAUAUUGGUGAUGGUGCUGGUGCUGGUGGCAUCGGAGGUGAUGGUGCUGGUGGCAUCGAAGGUUGUGUGGGCGUACUGAAAAAAUCAAAGUACGAUGAUGGUGCAGCUGGCAUCGGAGUGCUAGGACCUGCAGGAAAAUAA